GCAUCUAUUCAGAGAUAAAAUUGUCCCCGAGUUGAGACCUCGGAUAAUGAGCAUCGUAAUUACGAAAGUGAAGAGGACCAAAUUGUGAGGUACGAGCGUAUGGCUGAAGACACUCCACCAAUUGACAAUAAUUUUGAGACUGAAGACGCUUUACCAAUGGAUGCUCCCACUACCAGUAAGAAAAGAAAAGGGCGAGGUCCUACGAAAAGCCUCAAAGUCACAGAACCCAUGCAUUUGGAAUACAAUGCAUUGGGUCAACCCUGCGGAAAAUGGCGUAGGCAAUAUGGAAAUCAAGUGGGCCUAUGUAUCUGCAAGAUUUCCAUAUUGCAUGCAUGGAACGAGGUUCCAGAGGGUCUGAAAAACUCUCUAUGGAAUGAUACUGUGAAUCUUUUCCACAUCAAGAGCGAUGAGGACAAGAAGAAUGUGUUUCUUUCAGCUGUUGCUGAAAGUUUCAGAGAUUUCAAAUCCAAGCUAAUAACUGGCUGGAUUACGAAGAGCCGUGCCCGUACGACCAAAAAGGUCAAAACGGGAAACGAAGGUGGAGAGCAAGCACCUUCAAAGAUGCCCUACGAAAUAUGGGGUCACAUAUCGAAGAGGGAUUGAGAGGCCUUUGUUGCCAAAAGAACAACUCCCAUA